AUGGCGGCUGCUAGCCCAAGCGAUAGCGCAGCCCCGCCUGCGAAGAGUGGUCCGAGCGAGGCGGCAGCAGCCACUCCUCGGAGGCAACCCCCGCCGCCGCCCAAAGCCCCGCCAAGGGACCACCAGGGCCGCAGAACUGCAGAGCAGGCGCGAGGGGGCGAAGCGGAAGAGGAGCCGGAGGCCGGGCAGGCCACUCCCACUGAGGACUCCUACGAGUCUGCCACUGAGGAAGCGGACGACGACCAAGCCGCGCCCAGCACAGCCACACCGUGGGCGCGGCGUAUCGUUAGGAAGACGACGUCAGCUAAAAGCGCCGCUCUCCCUCCCCAGCAGCAUGUCUCCCUUGCCCCAGUGACUCCGGGCUCAUGGGAGCCUGCUGCAAUGGAGGCUGGCAGCGUGUCUCCUCCGGUGUCCGAGUGGGAGUGGCCCCCCACCCCUCGUGACCCUGAUCCCGCAGACUUCGCGUCCCUGUCGGAGGUUGCAGCAGCCCUCCCUUCCACCACACCGUCCGGCCUAGAGGCCGUCGUCAUGGAUGUGGAUGACGGCUCGCCCUCACCCAAAGCUGCCGCAAAGUCGCCGCCUGCAAACCCUAGUAGCCCUGGCCACUCCGAGGGCACCUCGGACACCUUACCCUCCGGCACUAGUAAAGUUGUGGACUCCACACCUCUCACAAGCCAGCCGACCGGCCCUGUUGCUGCCAACAGUUCUCCCGAGGGCUCCAGUGCAGCGGACCACAACACUGCUGACGCUAACCAAGCAGCUGGCGUUGACAGCCCCACAAGCCCCGCGGAGACUACCCUGGCGAACGAGGGCGGGGUCCCUUCGAAGGUGACGACGGCCACUGUAGAUGGCAUUGCCCCGCCGCGAGCACGCGCCGGUGACUCUGGCGAGCCGGCAGUAGUGCCUUCCCAUUCAGUGGCCCCGGCAGAGCCGGCAGGGGCACCCCAGCUCUUGAGGCUGGAUGUGUCUUGCCAAGUGGGCACCCACCUAGUGGUGCUCCGCAUGGCAAUGACGGCCAACAGCACGGUCGGAGCUGUACUCGCCAGGGCCAGAGAAAGGGCGAGUGCACCAGGACUGGAGGUUGCCUCCUUGCACACCGCACCAGACGUGGCGCUCUCCCACGUGGCUACGCUGGGCUCAGUGUUGCCACCAGGGGAGCUACGACUCCUUCUUCGCGAAGGCACUAGCCCUGUAGCACUGGCUAGCACCACCCGCGAGGCAGAGGCUGUGCCAUGCCUUUUCUCCCCUGACCGGUGCUGGUGUUACUGCUGUGGCAUCGGCACUGCCUGCCCGCUCCUCAUGCAGGCCCACGCGAUGACAGACCGGCAUGUGUGGAAUGCCCGAGUCUUUGUCAGGAGGCAUCGACAAGGCCACCCUGAUGCGUGA